UCUCUCUCUCUCUCUCUCUCUCUCUCUCUCUCUCUCUCUCUCUCUCUCUCUCUCUCUCUCUCUCUCCCUUGCCCCUACAGAUUCCCACGCUGCUGUACCACGGGAUGGAGAGUGAGAGAGUGGAGAAGAGGGAGCUGAUCAGAAGGGCUGUGGAAGUGGAAGGGUGCCCUGUCCGAGUCCUGCCAGUCCUGUUAUGACGUCCUAUGAGGGAGAAGACAACAUCGAGUACUUUUUGGGCCUCACACCAGCUGGGGUCGUUGUACUAAAAAAUAAGGCGAAAGUGGGGAAUUAUUUUUGUCCGAGAAUUUCCAAGGUGUAUUUUCGUGGGAGAUUUUUCAGAGUGAAAGAUAAAAAUAGCUUGGAGAACACCUACGGCUUGGAGACACCCAGUAAGUCAGCCUGUAAACACCUGUGGCAGUGCUUCUUCAGAUUGACUCAAGCUUCUGGGAAUUCUACGGAUGCUGUCUUCUCCCUUGGAGCUAAGAUUGGGUCACAGCAAGAAGGAUGGUGAGGUGAGGCAGGCCAGGCUCAACUCAAGGAUGCAGCCAGAAUUUACAAGGAUGCCAAGUAGGAGAUACCCAGUAAGUCAGCCUGUAAACACCUGUAGCAGUCUCCCUGCCCCUCCCUGCCUCCCCCAGAGCUUGGAGAACACCUACGGCGUGGAGACACCCAGUAAGUCAGCCUGUAAACACCUGUGGCAGUUCUGUGUUGAGCAUCACGCCUUCUUCAGAUUAACUCAAGCUUCUGGGAAUUCUGCAGAUGCUGUCUUCUCCCUCAGAGGAGGAUUGUGGAAAGUGCACAGGACAGCAAAACAUUUUUCGAUCAAGUUCUAUGACGUUAGGGGGUCGCAGCUCCUCCCCCCACAGCACCAGUUCAGCCUCGCAUCCCCCCAUUACCACCACCACCACCACCACCAGGGUACAAGGAGAGAGUCCCAAGUCCCUCCAGUCAACUACUACUACUACUACUUCUGGUGGUCAUGACUAUUGGGUGUUGAGAAGGGCCUCCAGUGUGGAUAGUCAGUUGUCGGUGGACUCCAGGGCUCACAGAAACACAGUUACAAGAACGCACCAAGCAUCUCUACCCCAUAGAAGGUUAUAC